AUGUCGUUCGGAGGCCAGACGCCGACCAUCAUCGUCCUGAAAGAAGGAACCGACACCUCCCAGGGUAAAGGCCAGAUCGUCUCCAACAUCAAUGCCUGUCUAGCGGUCCAAGCCACCAUCAAGUCGACGCUAGGCCCCUACGGUGGUGACCUGUUGAUGGUGGACGAAAAUGGCAGGCAGACGAUUACCAAUGAUGGCGCGACUGUCAUGAAGCUGCUCGACAUCGUCCACCCCGCUGCCCGCAUCCUCGUCGAUAUCGCACGAUCACAAGAUGCUGAGGUCGGAGACGGAACCACGUCGGUCGUCGUCCUGGCUGGAGAGAUCCUUAAGGAGGUUAAGGAGCACGUCGAACAGGGUGUCAGCUCACAAAUCAUCAUCAAGGGCUUGAGGAGAGCGGUGCAGAUGGCCGUCAACAAGAUCAAGGAGAUUGCCGUCAGCACUGAUGAUGGCAACCAGCGCGAUACCCUGAACAAACUCGCCGCCACCGCCAUGACGAGCAAGCUUAUCAAGAGAAACACAGAAUUCUUCACAAAGAUGGUGGUUGACGCCGUCUUGUCACUCGACCAGGACGACCUGAACGAGAAGCUCAUCGGCAUCAAGAAAAUCCCCGGCGGUUCCCUAACCGAGUCUCACUUCGUCAACGGCGUUGCCUUCAAGAAGACCUUCUCCUAUGCCGGUUUCGAGCAGCAGCCCAAGUCAUUCCAGAAGCCCAAGAUUGUGUGCCUGAAUGUCGAGCUGGAGCUAAAGGCCGAGAAGGACAACGCCGAGGUUCGCGUUGAGCAAGUUUCAGAAUACCAGGCCAUCGUGGAUGCGGAGUGGCAGAUCAUCUACCAGAAGCUGGAGGCCAUCUCCAAGACUGGCGCCAAGGUUGUUCUCAGCAAGCUGCCCAUUGGUGACUUGGCUACCCAGUAUUUUGCCGACCGGGACAUUUUCUGUGCUGGCCGUGUUGCCGCUGAAGAUAUGGAGCGAGUCACUCAGGCCACCGGUGCCGUGACUCAGUCAACAUGCUCAGACAUUCUGGCAGAGCACCUGGGAACCUGCGAGACUUUCGAGGAGAAGCAGAUUGGUGGUGAGAGAUUCAACUUCUUUGAGGGCUGCCCCGAGGCCAAGACCUGCACCCUGGUCCUGCGUGGAGGAGCCGAGCAGUUCAUUGCCGAGGUCGAGCGAUCGCUGCACGAUGCCAUCAUGAUUGUCAAGCGAGCCGUCAAGAACCGAACGAUUGUUGGCGGUGGUGGUGCCGUUGAGAUGGAGAUCUCUGCCUACCUGCACCAGUUUGCCGACAAGAACAUUCCCCACAAGCAGCAGGCUAUCAUCAAGUCCUUUGCCAAGGCGUUGGAGAUUAUUCCCCGACAGCUGUGCGACAAUGCCGGUUUCGACGCCACCGACAUCCUAAACAAGCUCCGCGUGGAGCACCGAAAGGGCAACACAUGGGCUGGUGUUGACUUUGAGAACGAGGGAACCGCCGACAUGCUGAAGCGAUUCGUCUGGGAGCCUUCCCUGAUCAAGGUCAACGCUCUGCAAGCUGCCACCGAGGCCAGCUGCUUGAUCCUGGGUGUUGAUGAGACUAUCAGAAAUGAGGAGAGCGCCAAGCCACAGGCACCGGGCCAGCUUCCCCCGGGAGCGGCUCAGAGGGCAAUCAGGGGUAGAGGACGGGGCAUGCCUCGACGGUAAAGAAAGGGGAAGACUAGAAGAAAAGCAUGAGUGGAAGAAUUGAGGCGCAAGUUGGGGGACUUGAGCAUUUUCGCAUAUAAAAAAUUAAGGGAAGAAAGAAAGAAAGGGAAAUGGAGGUUUUUGAGGAUCUUGUAAGAUACCUAGAAAAAGAAUUUGGCCUCUAUUGUCUACUAGACUUUUUUUGAUAUG